AUGCCGGACGACAGCUCUGACGCGCCCCUCAAAAUUGACCGCCAAACAACAACUCCCUUUCACUUGAAGCUCUUCUACAGGGAGCAUUCCUUCCACCACCUUUCAGAUUUCCCGAUUCCUUCUCCCCCAUCGGGCGGAAACGUGUCUCUCGCACCUGCCCCUCUCCCUCUCCCUCACCUCCAAAUAUACACCUGGCCUUCCUGCUCCCUGCGAGAACUCGCGCAGCUCUUGACGUCAUGUCUCCCUUCAAUACUUCCAGACCCAGCUGUGGGGACGCGCAUCAGCUUUCGCCUCAUAUAUCCCGAUACCAGAACCCAGACUGCUGCCGGAGACGGUCGAGGGAGGUUCUUGAGCAGGGAUAUGGGUAGUGUAAUUGUCGGGCCAAGUGAUGAUGCGGAGAACCAGGAAACUGAUCGUCGAGCAAAUGGGCCUCUGAAGCUCCAGGGCGACGAAGCCGACAAAUGUUUACAAGAUUUUCGCUUCGUGAUUGGUGACUACGUGGAUUGUGCCAUUCUCCCACCCCUGUCUGAUGGCUCAAUUGCCCCCGCCAUUGUAAACAGGGGAGUGGUAGGAAUCUCAGCAAUAGGAGGCGGCAUGAGAGCUUUUGGCAAUGGACCGUCUACAUCAAGAGAAAAUGGGUUUAGCAGAUCAAGAACAGGUGGAAGUAUGGGUAGGGGAGGUGGUUUCCCUCACAUGGGCCCAGCAGGUGUACCUGCUGGUGCAUCUAUAUCCUCUGAUGCUCCUUCAUACUUUUCGCAUUUUUUUGACGGGCAAUUACGUCACCAUGAAACCGGCGCGGCGGUACGAACAUUGUAUAUUGACCGUGACCCUGCCAAUUUCCGAAAUAUUUUAAAGCAUCUUCAAGGUUACCAUGUGCGACCACGAGAUGGAUUACAUUUUGUUAGGUUGUUUGCGGACGCCCAAUUUUAUAGUUUACCGUGCUUGAUCUCCCAAUUGUUCGAGUCCGAGAUAUUCAUCCAAAUUGGAGACUGGAAUUUUCAAAUUCCGCGGGACGUCUUUUCUAGCCCUGGUGAUUCGCCCAAUUUCUUCUCUCUCACAUUUGAGGCUUUCUUUGCCACCCCGGGAGAGGUUUUCCCCGGCUUGGAUCGGCAGGGGCUUCUACGUCCACCAGCUAUCAUGCCUCCCAUGGUGCUCAACCGGUCCGCUGAAGUGUUUGCUGAACUCCUGCAUUUUCUUAAGGGUAUCCCAUUCAUAUACGGAACGAGGAACAUCGUGCAGAACUGCUACCUACAACCUGCGCCAGCAGAGCACAGAAAUCGUGAUUCAACUGCAAGAUAUCCAGAAGAUGGGGGUCCAACUCGUCAGCGAUGGCUGCUCUCCAUCAAGAACUGCCUCCCUGGUGGGGCCUCCGUUCGUUAUUCGCGCCCGCUUGUCGACGAUAAAUCCCAUGAAUUAAUAGUAGAGAUCGGUGAUGAAAAUACACGGCUACAGGUGAAGUCCGGCAUGGUUGCCAGCAAUCAGCCAUUCGGCCCCAACCAUGUGCCAUUAGGCAAAAUUCAGGUCAAAAUCUGGAUAGACUCUUGUGCGGCUGUUAUACCCGAUGGAGAGCCGUGCAUUAUUGAUUGGAGUUGGGUCCGAAUCUCCCCUCCCACAAUCCCAGGGAGCAGGAGAACUUUGGUCUCUAAGCCCCUUGGUUCCGAAGUUGGCAAUAAACCCUGCCCAACCAAUCUUGGAGAGUUUUCGGAUAGAAGUAACGGGGAAUUCUCCGAGGUGGACAGUAAACCAAGCAGCGAUGUAGCACAAUCGCGGACAGCUACCGGGUUGGUGUUUAAGUCUGGCCCUUCUCCGCCCUUGUUCCCGUUCAGCAACUCAGACCCAUUGCGGUCGCAUGAUGGCCAAGCAGCAUUAAAACGUAAGAGAGAUGGUAGCAUGGACAAUCGUGGAGAGUGGCUGGUUCAAAAGGGUCAGUGGAAAUUGCGGCUUGAGCCUAGUGACGGGGAGAGUGGCACUGGGAGAAUGGAGAUUGUACUCGUUGCCGUCAAACUACAAGUUGGUAGUGGGCAACGGGCGCGGAAUUUGAGCCGGAGAUUCUUGGGCUAA